AUGAAGGGCACAACGACUUGGUCCUUGCUUCUACCGCUUCUCUCACUUACAGCAUCAGCUUGGCCCCAACCUCGCCAUGAAAAGCCUCCGGUAUGCAUCAUUGGCGCAGGCCCGUCGGGCUUGUCAGCAGCGGCGAAGCUUGAAGAGAAAGGCAUCAAAGCCAUGAUAUUCGAUAAACAAGCCGAGGUCGGUGGUAAAUGUCAGGCAUGGUAUGACGAGCAAGGCACCUUCCACCCGCUUGGCGCCGCCUUCUUCUCCAACGCAACCUACACCGAAACCCUAAAGAUCCUCAACGCAACCAAUGUCACCUCCGAGCCGUUCCAGCUGGCAGGCGCGCGUGAGAUGUUCCGAUACAACUAUACAAAUGGCGCAAUUCAAGCAAACCCAGCAUUGAUCCCCCAGUUUCUGGCUUCUCUGUCUGCAGAGAUCCCGCGUUACGCGGCGCUGUGGAACCAACGCUUUCAGCCUAUCAGCGUUGCGGGAUACAAGAAUGGCGUCUCAGACGAGUUUACCGUCUCAGGGACGCAAUGGUUCCGCCAAAACAACUUCACGGCGCUACCAAUCCUGCUCGUAAAUCCAGUGGCUCUGUAUGGAUACGGCGACAUCAACAUAGUCCCAGCGCUCUACAUCUUGCAAUACUUCACCCCGGACAUCCUGACCGCGUUCAUUGGACUACACGAAGUGUACUACAUGGACUUCCACAAGAUGUUUGUAGAGUAUUCCGCGUCACAGCUCUGUAACACACCCAUUAAAACUUCUGCCGAAGUCCGAUGCAUUGAUCGAUCGGGAAAGCAUCCAGUCAUCAAAUACACUGAACCGUGCGAUAGCUUCUACAAGUGGCGUAAACAGGAAUGUAGCUCGAUUAUAUUUGCGUUUCCGCCGAACAUCGAGAACCUGGAAAGAGCAGGAUUAGACAUUACAGAAGAGGAGUACAAUGUGUUUGCGAAUGUGUCCACGAUCCAGUACUACUCUUCAGCGGUCGAGUUCGAACUUCCAUUCGGCGUUUCCUAUAUCGCAAACACCACGUCGCCGGCGCUACCCCCACCAAACGACGGCGAGCCCGUGGCAGUAUUGCGUUUGAACGAACAAUCGAACGUCUCCGUAGCUUGGUCUUGGGGCCCAUACGAGUUUCAAACGGAGUCAGCCGCACGCCGCCUGCUCAUCGAGAGCCUGUCAGAGAUCAACAAGGACCCUCGUAACGCCACUGAACCGUCGGAACCUUUGACUGACAGCGACGUCAAGGCUUUCAGGAAGUGGGAUUAUUUCCCACACUUCGACAGCCAGCCUCUCAGAGAUGGCGCGUACGAAAAAUUCAAUUGCCUGCAAGGCAAAAACAAGAGUUACUGGGCCAGCGGGCUCAACGGUAUGGAAAUCGUGGAGUGGGCCAUCCGUGGUGGGCAGGAUGUUGUCGAAUCAUACUUUUAA